GCUGAGUUUAAAUAAGUCACAAACUGAGCGAGACAGAACGGGAGAGGUGGGGCGUCACCUGACUCAAGACACUGACAUGCAGUGUGGUGCAAUUCUCGCACAAUGACUCACACGCAACUUAGUGAAGAUGCAGAGCUGAGAUGAAAACACACUCGCCACAGGAGUUUAGAGAAUGCUAGAAGAAAACACACAAAACCAAAGAAAACAACCCGAGGUCUCCAGGAUGUCGUCGUCAAACACUGGACUCGUUUAACACGUUGCUUUUGGGGAAAGAAAACGCUGUAGGUGUCAAACCUUUUCUCCGUAACCUGAGGCAGAAUGUUUCACCCCGGACGUUUCGUUUGGCGGGUUUUACUGAUUCUACACGUGUCGGCCUCGGGUUUGGAGCCUUCUGGAUACGACAGUGAUACGGUCAUGUGCUCACAGGGUCUCUCUAAAUGCACCAUGAAGGACGAGAUGUUCCUCCUGGCGGAGAGCGACGGCGUGGACGUUCAAAAGGUGACAGCAGAUUUCAAGUUCUGCUCAAAGACCAGCGACCGGUGCUUUUUAUGUCUGGUGAUAGACAUCGAGCUCCACGUCCAUGACACCAACGUGGAGUUUGAAGGCAGCACUGAACUUGAUGAGGAGUUUGACUCGGAGGGAGCCAGAAACUCAGAAGCAUCAGUGACGAUGUGUUACAAGACUCCAUCGACCAUGCCAACAUGCAAGAAGGUGGAGUUUACAGUCAAUCACACAGCGAUUACACAGCAAAACCACACACAGAUAUCCAUGGUGAUUACUCAGCCAGCUGGGGUUUCCUUCGGCAACAAAGUUUUGGUUUAUCCUCAUAAAUUUCUCCAUCUGACUCAAGAAGUUGAUGCUCCCUCUCUGAACAAAGUGUGCUCACAGAAGCUAAAGAAAUGUGCCGAAGAAUGUCGUGUCCCUGAACUCAGGACUGUAAUUCCGAAAGAGAUGAAUUCCGUGGAGCUGCAGUUUGACGGCAGAAACGACAGCUUCCUCUCUCUGUGCAUCCAAUACGAGAAGAACGGAAUGUGUCAGAGGUGGAACAGAGGAACCAUCCCACUCUCCUCUGUGACCCGUUGCAUGUGUCUCAUGGCAUGGUACGACGACAAGCAUGUGCGCGCUCAGUGGUGUCCCUUCACAAACAUGGAUUUCUCCCAUAAGACUGUGUGGCGGAACGUGUCAGUGUCAGUGAGACCAACAAACAACUAUGGCCCAAUGCUGUUGUGGAACCUGUCUGCCCCCUGCAGGCUGGACGGUGAAGUGUGGCCGUGUCGCAGAGAGAGCAGCUGCAGAGAGAUGAAGGGUUUCAGACAAAAGCUGGCAGAGGGCGCAUGGAGACAGAACAGUAAAGGACUCUGGGAGAGAAGAGGUGUUUUUGAAGACAUUGACCUUCAGCCCUCACCAUGUGUUAUGGUGAAAAUAGAGGGAAUGAGACAUGAGUUGGGUCCGUUCUGUUUUAAUCAGUCUGACAGGUGGCGCUGGUCUCUCCUGACUGUCGGUGUCAUGUUGCUGGUUUUCUUGACACUGCUUGUGUUUUAUAUCAAACGUGACUUUGUCAAGAAAUGGGCAUGGAGCUGGCAUCAUGGUGGAUUUGUAAAAAUUGGCAGGAAAGAUCACGUGGUGCUGCUCAGCCCCCCAGAUGUGGAUAACGUCGUCGCAGAGUCGGUCUGUGGACUCGGGUCUCUGCUCUGUAACCAAGGCUUGGACGUGACCGUGGACCAGUGGAGCAGGACAGAGCAGAGCACUCUGGGGCCGUUGCCAUGGUUGCAUUCCCAGCUUCUGAAACUGAAUCACCAGGAGAGCCGCGUUGUGGUCGUUUUGACCCACAGCGCGUUGCAGAGAGCGGAGGAAUGGACUUGUCAGUACAAGGACGAGGUCGUGACUAAGAAGGAAGACGAGGGUCCUUGUCAGGUGUGGUCUCCUUACUCGGAUGUGUUCACGGCCUCCCUGCGCCUCAUUCACGCUCACAGGCAGCAGGGCGGAGCCGGAGAGCGUUUCCUCCUGGUGAAGUUUGCUUCCAGUCCAAUCAAUGACAAGAACCUGCCUGAGCUUCUACAGGGACUGCCUCUGUUCCAGCUCCCCUCUCAGACCCAAGCUCUCCUCACUGAGCUCAGACUGGGAGUGAAAGCACGGACUUCACGUGGAAAGUCACGAUGGAAACGGUGUGGCUCAGAUGGAUGGAGAGCAAAGACUAAAAACUCAGAGACAAAGCCAUUAAAUCACUUGCCUGGAAAGACAUGAAUGAAACCGGACUCUUGGAGAGCUUGGUUACUGUCAACCGAAACAGAUUGUCUGUGUGAUGCCUGGUCAAGCCACCUGCUGCUGUCACUACACCUGCUCCAGAUGUGGCAACCAGUGUUCAAAUCCACAUGGAUACAGAUGUGUAUGUGCAUGAGUGUCAGAGAGCGGUUUCAUGCAUGCUAAAGAAUCUGAGGACACAUUCAGUACGGAUCUGAAGCGUUCAGACCGUAGUAAGCGUAAAUAUGUACAUAAGCAAAUCACAAAAUGUGCAGUAUUUUUAUGGCUGUGCUGUUUUCCCUCUUUGGACCAAAGGUGUGCUCAUGCUCGUGCUCUGACAGUCCCGGCAGUGACGUCAAUGCCUGCGCUCCCCUGUUAAAGAUUAAAAUAUUAUUUGCUGUAAAGGUUGUUGAUGAGGUCAAUCUAACACUAAGGCAAGAGAACGAGAGGUUGAGCUGUGGGUUCAGGUGGUUACGGUUGUGUUAUGAUGUCACAGACUUACAGGAAUUGAGGCACAAUUUCCUCAUGUGGACUGUGUGCAUUUCUCCUGUGGAUUCACUCGAAUAAACGUUAUAUAACAUCUUAAUGUAAAAUGCUAAAUAAUCAAAGUUGUAAAAAUAAAUCUGAAGCUGAAUGUGUUUGAUGGCUUCAAAAGAGCAGUGAACUCAAUAAAACUGACAACGGAU